GCGCCGGCAGCGCGUCCAAACACGUGCGGCGCAUGCGCGGAGCCCUGCAACCACCAUAUGUCUGGAAGAGAUUUUUAAAAAGUGACAGAGUCGUGAAACUGCGAAGGAGAUGGGAAAGAAGCAGAAAAACAAGAGCGAGGACAAUGCCAAAGAUGACAUUGACAUUGAUGCUUUAGCAGCAGAGAUUGAGGGAGCAGGAGCACCUAAACCCAAGGCUGGAGGCAAAAAGAAGAAAAAGAAAGAAUUUGAGGAAGAUGAUAUUCUGAAGGAACUUGAAGAUAUGUCACUAGAGAGCCAUGGGAAAAAGGAUCAUAAAGAUGCAGCUAAAUCAUCAGCAAAAAAGGAAGAAAACGAUAAUGAACCUGAACUAGUAAAUAAAAAAGAGAAGAAGAAAAAGCCUUUGAAAAGCCAAAAAUCUAGUUUUGAUGAUGAAGUCGAACAUGAAGAGAUGGGAUUACCAAAAGCCAGAGGUCAGAAGCAGAAAUCUGACGACUCAGACGACGAUGAAUUAGCUGAACAGACUUCUAGGAAGAACCAGAGACCUCUGCAAAAGGUCGAAAUUUCAGAAAGUGAGGAAGUUGAAAAGAAUCAAGAAGAUUCACUCGAUGACAGUGAUGAAGAACCUGAAGAGUUUUCUCAAAACAAGAAGAAAAACAAAAAUCAAGAAAGUAAAAUCAAGAAAGGUGAAAGCGAUGAGGAAGAUGCGGGUGACUCCACAUUUAAACUAAAAACAGCUGCCCAAAAAAAAGCAGAAAAGAAAGAAAGAGAACGUAAGAAGCGUGAGGAGGAUAAAGCUAAACUUCGAAAGCAGAAAGAAAAGGAUGAUGUUGACCGACAGAAAAAGGAAACCGAGCUGGAAACUAAAGUCCAGAAAGAUGCAGGUGAACUUACUUCUAAAAAAGAAUCUGAAACGACAACAGUCACUCCAAUUACUGAAGUUAAAGGAAUUGAAGACACUGGAGGUGCUGAAGGUGAAGAAAAUGAUGGGGAGAAAAAGAAAAAAGACAAAAAGAAAAAGAAAGAAAAGGAUGAAAAAGAGAAGAAGAAAGCAGGUCCCAGUAAAGCUACAGUGAAAGCAAUGCAAGAAGCACUUGCAAGGUUAAAAGAAGAGGAAGAAAGACAAAAAAGAGAGGAGGAAGAACAUUUACAACGGUUGGAAGAAAUGGAAGCCAAACGUUUGGAACAAGAGAAAUUAGACCAAGAGCGAAGAGAAAAAAAGAAGCAAAAAGAAAAAGAAAGGCGAGAACGUCUAAAGAAGGAGGGCAAGCUAUUGACGAAAUCCCAGAAAGAUGCCAAAGCAAGAGCUGAGGCCACACUUGAACUACUCCGCGCUCAAGGUGUGGAAGUGCCAUCCAAAGAUUCAAUGCCAAAGAAACGGCCAGUCUAUGAUUCAAGGAAAAAGAAAAAGCAGCAGGGGAACAAAGAAGAAAGCAAAGAGGAAAACAAAGAAGAGGAAACUAAAGAAGCUGUGAUGGUCAGUCCAACCCCAUUACUUGAAAUUGAAGAACCCGAGGUGACUGAGGCACCAGAAAUAGUUCCAGAAGCUAUAACAAUGCCUGAAGUAAAAAGUGACGAUGCUGAUCUUGAUGAUUGGGAAGCAAUGGCAAGUGAUCAUGAACAGGAAAAAGAAGUGAAAACUAUUCACAUUGAAGUAAAAGAAGAUGCUGAAGCGGGGGACAAUGAGGAAGAUAAUGACGAGGAUGAUGAAGAGGAAGAAGAGAGUGAGGAUGAUGAUGCAAGUGAGGAGAGUGAGGUUGAAGAUGAAGAAAGGAGUUUUGAUGAAACUAGAACAGCAUCACAGAAAGUGGGAAAAGAAUCGAAAAUAGUAAAGAAUGCAAAAUCAAAACUGACCAAAGAAAUUAGCUCCGAUUCUGAAGAGUCUAAUUCAGAUGAUGGCAAGACUAAAGAAGAACGAAUAUAUGAUGAAGCAAAGCGGCGAAUUGAGAAACGCCGAGCAGAAAACGCCUUGAAUAUAAAUACUGAAAAGCUACGAGCACCAGUUAUAUGUGUUCUUGGACAUGUUGACACUGGGAAAACCAAAAUUUUGGACAAGCUUCGUCAUACCCAUGUCCAGGAUAGUGAAGCAGGUGGUAUAACCCAGCAAAUUGGUGCAACCAAUGUUCCGCUUGAAGCGAUCAGUGAGCAAACUAAGAUGGUGAAAAAUUUUGACAGGGAUAACAUUAAAACACCAGGAAUGCUGAUCAUUGAUACCCCAGGCCACGAGUCCUUCAGUAACUUAAGAAACAGAGGAAGUUCUCUCUGUGAUAUUGCUAUCCUCGUGGUUGAUAUCAUGCAUGGAUUGGAGCCCCAGACUAUAGAAUCCAUUAACCUGCUAAAAGAGAAAAAAUGCCCUUUUAUUGUUGCACUUAAUAAGAUUGACAGAUUGUAUGAUUGGAAGAAGAGUCCAGAUACAGAUAUCGUUACCACACUGAAGAAGCAGAAAAAGAAUACAAAAGAUGAAUUUGACGAGAGAGCCAAAUCUACUAUUGUUGAAUUUGCACAACAGGGUCUUAAUGCUGCGUUAUUCUUUGAGAACAAGGAUCCACGUACGUUUAUCUCAUUGGUACCAACAUCUGCUCACACUGGAGAUGGUAUGGGAAAUCUUAUUGCACUAUUGGUGGAACUAACUCAGACUAUGCUUGCAAAGAGACUAGCAUAUUCUCUGGAGUUAAGAGCUCAAGUUAUGGAGGUAAAAGCUCUUCCUGGAAUGGGGACGACAAUUGAUGUGAUCCUAAUCAAUGGUGUUAUGAAGGAAGGAGAUACAAUGAUUGUUCCUGGAGUUGAAGGUCCUAUCGUUACACAGAUCAGAGGUCUUCUGUUACCACCACCUCUCAAAGAAUUGAGAGUGAAGAAUAUAUAUGAGAAACAAAAGGAAGUCUGGGCUGCACAAGGUGUGAAAGUACUCGCAAAAGAUUUGGAGAAAUCUCUUGCAGGUUUACCACUACUAAUAGCCCACAAGGAUGAUGAAAUUGCCGUUCUAAAGGAUGAGCUCGAACACGAACUGAAGCAAACGCUGAGUUGUAUUAAACUGGAGGAUAAGGGUGUUUAUGUACAAGCUUCUACAUUGGGAUCUUUGGAAGCGCUCUUAGAAUUCCUUCGACAGUCAAACGUGCCAUAUGCUGGGAUUAACAUUGGACCUGUCCAUAAAAGAGAUGUGGUGAAAUCAUCAGCCAUGCUUGAACACGAUAUUCAGUAUUCAGUCAUUCUUGCAUUUGAUGUGAAGAUCGAACGUGAUUCCCAGGACCUUGCUGAUACACUCGGAGUCAGGAUCUUCAGUGCAGAAAUUAUCUACCAUUUAUUUGAUGCUUUCACAAAAUACAGACAGGAUUACAAAAAACAGAAGCAAGAAGAAUUCAAGCACAUAGCUGUUUUUCCUUCAAAACUGCGAAUUAUUCCUCAGUUCAUCUUUAAUUCUCGUGAUCCAAUUGUAAUGGGAGUUACAAUAGAAGCUGGCAUUCUGAAACAAGGCACUCCAAUAUGUGUUCCUUCAAAAAGUUUUGUCGAUAUUGGUAUUGUUACCAGUAUAGAAGUGAAUCAUAAACAAGUUGAUGUUGCCCGGAAAGGCCAAGAGGUCUGCAUUAAAAUAGAACCUAUACCUGGAGAAUCUCCAAAAAUGUACGGACGGCACUUUGAAGCUACAGACUUCCUUGUCAGUAAGAUCAGCCGACAAUCCAUUGAUGCCUUGAAAAAUUGGUUCAGAGAUGAGAUGCAGAAGUCCGAUUGGCAGCUCAUCAUGGAAAUGAAGAAAACUUUUGAAAUUAUCUAAUGCAGUUUGUUUUCAUUUCCAAACUUCAGCAAAGGGAGGACGGAGUGAGAUUUAAGGUCUCUGCUUAAACAAGACUUUGUAAUAAGCCAUGCUGGAGUGCUGAAGAGCCAGAAUCCAGAGUAAAAAGUGGUUAUAACUAGUAAACGUUUUCCAUGACAAACCAAAAAAUUUACACUGGUUUGACAGUGAUCAGUUUUACAUAUUCUGACAAUUCUCAAGGUGCCUGGUUAUUUUUCCUGCCCGCCCUUAUCUUCAGGACUGGUUGCUGUUUUUAAAUCUUCCCUUUCAUUACAUGGAACUUGAAAGCAGUGCUCCCCAAUCAUUUUAACUGUGUGAAAUAAUGAAUAAAAAGCAUUUGAAUCCUGUGAGCUACAGUGCAGAAGCAGUGUACAGCCUUUUUGACAAGUAAUUUUGGAUCUAGGGAGAUUUUCUCUAAUCCAAUAAUUCCUUUUCUCAGUCACUUCAUUACACAUACUCUGCUUUUGUGCCUAUGAACUUUUAUAGAGAAUUAGGUAAUAGAAUUCCACCUGCAUUGUGAAAAAAAACAUAGAGCAGCCUUUUAUUGUUUGUACAGCUGAUGGUUGUGUGACCCAGACUGUAAACUUUCAAAGCUGAAAUCACAAAUAAAGCUGAAAAUGAUGACAUUUGUAUUUUUGAUAAUGUAUCAUUCUAAAAACAAUUAUAAUUGAUGGGUAGGUGGAAGCUAAUUGUUGACAAAACAGAAAGCCCAGAAUGGCUGGCCAAAUUUGUGCACAGGAAACAAAGCAUUGUGCUUCACAGUACAAUGGCUGCAUGUGUUGCUGUUAUUUGAAAGGUUUCAUUGCACAUAACUCCCAACACCACUUGUCUGAAGUCUGAAGAAGGGUUUCGGCCCGAAACGUUGCCUAUUUCCUUCGCUCCGUAGAUGCUGCUGCACCCGCUGAGUUUCUCCAGCAUUUUUGUGUACCUACCACUUUCCACCUUCCUGGAAAGGUGUUAACCUCAUUGUUCUUUGAGCAACUGCUAUCCUCUGAUACUUCUCUCAGUUGCUAGUCAUUUUGUAUGAGACCAAUGUGCAUGGUUUUGGGGUACAGUCACAGUUGAGUGUAAUUCAAUUUUCAUGUCAAUGGAACUGAAUUCCCAACUGCGGGGUAGUGGUUAUGUGGGGACGUUGAAAGACUGACUGAAAGCAGCUGAAACCAAUUGUUUUUAGUAUUUGAACAUGCCUCAAAAUAUUGGUACAUAGAUUAACUUAGGCUGGAUGUAGGGAAUAGUAAAAAUGUGAGAUCUAGAUAGAUUCCAUUUGCCAUUAUUACUACAUGCACAUGUUUUUAGAUUUCUCUUCAUUCUUUAUCAAGUUUGAAAAAUGCUUUGUGUACAUUUGUUCAAAUGGUAGUAAGCUUGUUUAUAUGAAAUAAAACAAGAAUGAUUAGUUGCCCAAA